AUGGGACAAUUGAAGGCUCCUGGUCCGGAUGGGAUGCCGGGUCGGUUCUAUAGAGCUCAUUGGGAUAUUGUGCGCGAUGAUGUCAUUGGUUCAGUCAUCCAAUUUUUCCAGACGGGGGAGUUCGUUAAAUCACUUAAUCAAACCUUCAUCGUUCUCAUCCCAAAAAGAGGUAAUGCCCAGUGUUUUGAUGAUUAUAGGCCAAUUAGUUUGUGUAAUUUCUCCUACAAGAUUAUUUCGAAACUCUUGGCCAAUCGUAUUAAGAAGCUUUUGCCUGGUAUUAUCUCUCCUUCUCAAUCUGCUUUUGUCCCGGGGCGAUGGAUUGCGGAGAAUGGUAUCAUUGCUCAUGAGAUUAUGGAUUCCUUUAAGAAGAUGAAAGGCCGUAGGGGGUUCGUUGGUCUAAAGCUAGACAUGUCAAAGGCGUAUGAUCGGAUGGAAUGGGGAUUCCUUGACAAGGCCUUGGAUUCCUUUGGGUUUGGUGCCGACUUUAGGCGGUUGAUUGCCAAGUGUGUGUCUUCGGUGGCUUUCUCGGUUCUCUUAAAUGGAGGACCUCUUAAGCAAUUCUACCCUGAAAGGGGGCUGAGACAGGGGGAUCCUCUCUCCUCCUACCUUUUUAUCAUCGGUAGUGAAGUCCUCUCCCGGCUCAUGCUUAACUCUGAACGGCUUGGUUUAAUUAAGGGGUUCUCUCACGCGAGGAAUGGUUUGCCUAUUUCCCAUCUUAUGUAUGCCGAUGAUACCUUCAUAUUUUGCGAAGCCAAUAAGGAGAACGUUUUGGAAGUCAAGCGAUGCUUGGAAAUGUAUUGUAGGAAUUCGGGUCAGUGUGUGAAUUCCCACAAGUCGGCCGUUGUCUUCUCGGAUAAUGUUGAGAUGGGGAUUAGAGGUGAGAUCAAGGGUCUGUUGGGGUUUCGAGAUCUUAACCGUGAGGAUAAGUUUCUCGGGAAUCCGAUUCUGCUGUCGGGGAGUAAAGUAAGGGAUUUUGGAUUCCUAGUGGAUAAGAUGGCGCGGCGCAUCGAAGGGUGGAAAUCUAGACUCCUUUCUUUAGCAGGCCGCUCUACCUUGAUCCAAUCUGUGGCUAUGAGCGUUCCCAUUUAUACCAUGUCAACUUUCCUGAUCCCUAAGUCCAUUUGUGCUGACUUGGAUAAAUUGGUUCGCCGUUUUUGGUGGAAGGGAUCUGAUGACUCCAAUAGAUUCUUAGCUUUGACAAACUGGGAUUCGAUCUGUGUCCCUAAAGGGUGGGGUGGCCUUGGUUUUAAGAAGUUUGAGGACCUUAAUUUUGCUCUUGUAGCUAAGCUUGGGUGGAACCUGGCUGCUGAGAGUAACACCUUAUGGUGUCAAUUUUUCAAGGAUAAGUAUUUCAGAAGAUCCUGCUCCUUUUGGAGCGCCCCCAAAUCUAAUCUAUGGUCGUACGGAGCCAGAAGUAUUAUGGCCACUAGAGAUUUCAUCCGGGAUGAGUCCUGUUUUGCUAUUGGUAACGGUGAGUUGGUGGAUAUAUGGCAUACUCCGUGGCUGCCUGGCUAUGGGUGGGAGAGAUAUGUAGCUUCCUUCAAUCCAAGAAUCUGUGAAAAAGGGGUGCGGGCUAGCUCUUUACUCAUCCCGGGAAGUGGUGAGUGGAACCGAGAGGCUCUUGAGUCUUGGUUUUUUCCUAGUAUGGUUCGGGAUGCCCUUGAGGUCCCUAGGCUCUCGAUGACGGCGACAGAUGAGCUGUUUUGGGAAGCGGCUCCGGAUGGCCGGUUUACAGUUAAAAGGGCCUUCUUGGCUCGGAUUCGAGGAAGAGGAACUCUCGAACCCCUUUGGAGGUCUCUUUGGAAGGUUUCGGGUCCUGAACGGAUUAAAAUUUUCCUAUGGAGGUUGGCUAGAGACAUCCUUCCGUUUGGCAAUAGACUUCAACGUAUCUUUGGUAAUAGUUCUCAAUGUGUGCUUUGCAAUUCUGGAGAGGAUUCGGCUAGCCAUUUGUUCUUUCACUGUGAUGUUGCUGUCCAAGUGUGGAGAUCGGGACCGUGGGGCUUCUGUUCAGAUUCCAUGGUUUUUGGUGAUAAUUUGGAGCUGGUCAAGUGGUUAUUGCAUCCGUCUGGCACUCCCUUGGGUGAGAAUGAUUUAGUUCGGUUCACUAUAUAUGCUAUAUCUCUGUGUUUUGUGUUGUGGAGGGUUAGAAACUCUUCCUUCCAUGAGGGUCUCAACCCGAUGGUGACUAAAAUUCAGCAAGAGAUUUCCUCUUUGGUGGCCGACUGCUCUUUGGAUAGGCCUUCUUCUUUGGAGAUGCAGAGAUCCAUUCCUGCAGUGACGGAAGCAAAUUGGAGAGGCCUUUGGACUGAAGUUAAUGUGUUUGUGGAUGCGGCAAUUCGUGAGGAGUUCGGUAUAGUGGCGAUUCUUGUGUUGGAUCGUUCGGGGACUGUGAUUGAAGCUGUUACCGCUAAGAGGAAGGUGCCUACUCCUUUUGUUGCUGAACUGGAGGCCUUCUAUUCGGGUUGCUGCAGAAUUCUGCAGUCGGGUUGGGUGAAUGCUACCAUUUUCUCCGACUGCCAGACUUUGGUGAAGAGUUUGGCGGCUGGCACCUCGCCUGAAUGGAGAGCUUGUGGGCUGUUCCAGGAUACCCGCAACCUCCUCGCUCGGCUGUCGCAUUGUCAAUACCGUUGGAUUCCUCGCCGUUUGAACUCCGGAGCUCAUUGUCUUGCUGCCUGGGCUGCUGAUCAUAGCAGCUUUAAGUUUUUUACUCCAAGGGAAGUGGCACCCUUUGUUGCUACUAUGAACCAUGGCUGUUAA